ACGCAAGCGAGCAGCCUCAUCCUUGGAAGGGAUGGAAACCCCUGGCGCCAAGCAACUAUAGACUAUGUCGAUAAAUGUGUGUCAGCAAGCACACUCUAAAGUUCUGUGCAGUACUUUCUUGCAAGGAUGCGUUCUGUGACGUAUUUAAGCUUUAAGCGAACUAUUUUUGUUGCUCCGUAAAGAUUCGCAUCAGAUCUCACCCUCACUUUCCCAUUCACAUCAACUCAACAAGUAACAACCAUGAACGCUGCCGUCUUUGCUCGUACUGGAAUCCGUGCCCGUGCCACCGUUGGUGCGACCCCUCUUCGCAGCGGUGCCUACCACUGGACCAACGACAACGGCAAGAACAUCCCCUUCUCGACCAAGAACAAGCCUGCCCUUGCCUUCAAGGUCGCUGGAUACCUCGGCACUGGUUUCGCGCUCCCCUUCGUUGCCGCAUACUGGCAGCACUACAAGGCUGGCCGUAUUUAAAAUACCAGUUUUUUUUUUCUAAAAGAAAAGAAUUUGUCACGAAGAGGCAAUACAUGAAUUGCAGUAACAACUCCCCUCACAAACCUCCCCCCAGACCAUGACUAUGAAGUUAGAAGGCUGCGCUUUUUAAAUAUAUUAAAAAAAGAAAAAGUUGGAGCGGUUAUACUCUCCACACUUUUCUUUGUAUGAAAGAAAAGCAAUAAUAGUAAUAUUGGAAAUGACGGUUGUUUCUUGAAAGGCUGAAGAAAGGAGUAGAAUUGUUCUUGAAAAUGUUGAAAGAAUAAUAAUAAGAUGAAGAGGAACCAUUGCGAUGAACCUUUGCUCAAGUUCGAAGAGUCGAUAUCCCAACGUGUCGCAAACACGCAUGCUGUGCUGCUUGAGAGGAGAGAGAGGAGCGGUGAUUUUGUUUUUACAGCUAAAAUAACCCCGUAAGAAAUCUUCAUCUCACAUGGAAGCAUUUAGGGAAAAGAUCUACUUGGGAGCAC